AUGGCUCAGCCGAAACCACCUGCGUGGCCCUUGAUCAAGGCGACUGAGCCCAACGUCCCCCACGUUACUUGGUCUAACAUCACAUUCUCGCCGGCUUAUGUGGAGAAGCUCCGGCUGGUGUGCCACAGUCAGAAGGAGUUGAAAAAGGCGGGCUAUGUUCUCCAACCUCUCGACUCAGCUCAGAUCACAUCCAAGGCUAGAUGUACGAAGUGUGGAAAACGACAGAAUCGUCGAGCGCGACCAAAGCCUGUCAGGACUGAUGCCGGCAAUGACAACAAGGGACAAAAGGAUCUGAUGAGCGUCGACACCGAAAACGCGGUUCCAUCAGAAACAGAGCACAGCAUGCCUCCGCCAGAUGAUCCUCAGCUUCAUGAGCACUGGCAAUACCAUUAUACGCCGCCCAUCCCUGCCCAAGUCGCCCCUACUACCAGUACCGCUUCUCGUCCUACUCCCCCGGUCGGAUCUCGAAGACGUGGCCACAGGAGGGGUGGUCGACAAAGCUGGCAACCUUUCAUCGUCGACUACUCGACACGCAGCCACAGCCACAGCCACAGCCACAACCACCAACAACAGCAACACAAAAUCCCUCGUCAUCUCCACGCCAUCGCCCUCGACUGCGAAAUGGGCACCUCCGCCGCGGGGCACCCGGAGCUCAUCCGGCUGACGGUGGUGGACUUCUUCAGCGGCGCGGUGCUGAUCGACAACCUAGUCUCACCGUCGGUGCGCAUGGCGCACUACAACACGCGGUACUCUGGCGUGACGGCACGGGACAUGCGGCAGGCCCUCGCGCGGGGCACUGCGAUCCUGGGCUGUGACCGCGCCCGCGAAGCUCUCUUCCGCCAUUGCGGCGUAGGACCCGACACGGUCGUCGUCGUACACGGUGGCGCCAGCGACUUCACCGCCCUGCGCUGGAUCCACCCACUCAUCGUCGACACCUGCAUCCUCGAGAGAUACACGUACUCGGGUGUGAGCAGCACCAAAACGCCCGGCGGCCGCAGCCUGCAGAACCUGUGCAAGCUGAAGCUGGGCAUUCCCGUGCAGGUCGGAAAGCGCGGUCACGAUAGCUUCGAGGACGCCAUGGCCGCGCGAGAGCUGUUCGUGCACUGGGCCAAGGGCAUUCCUGACGUUUGA